CCAUUAUCUCUCUCCAACAUAUAGCUCGGUGGAUGGGCGCUCUUAUAUUUUUAUGUCGACUCGUAUAGUUGUGGACGUUGGGGACUGGACUGGACAACAUGUGAAUAAUUAUAAGUUGAGAACUAGCCUACCAUUCAUGAAAGACAAGUGAAGAGAUGGAAGCAAACCGGCAUCAGGAGCAGAAGGAGGAAGCAGGAAGCGCCUGCGGCAUGGACGCCAAGCCAACCCUAGCAACAGCUGAAUUGAAUUUCGGGGACAUUUCGCUGCAAAAGGCCACUAAUGUCACCUACCACAGGCCGUUGGUGGACAGGAAUGUCCGCAGUAAGAUGAUGGGCAGAGGCCGGUUCAGGGGAUGCACCAUAUGGUUUACAGGAUUUUCUGGCGCCGGUAAAACGACGUUGUCAUUCGCGAUGGAAGAUUACCUCAUCGCCCGAGGCAUUCCGGCCUUUUGUCUCGAUGGCGACAACAUGCGCGUCGGUCUCAAUUCCGAUCUGGAUUUCACCGAUCCUGAUCGAGAGGAGAACAUCCGCCGCGUCGCCGAAGUGUCCAAACUCUUUGCCGAGUCCGGCGUCGUCACCCUCUGCGCUUUCGUGUCGCCAUUCCGACAGGAUCGAGAUAAUGCGAGGAAUAUCCAUCAGAAGGCCGGUCUGCAAUUCAUGGAAAUUUACAUCGACGCUCCGCUGGAAAUUUGCGAGAAACGAGACCCCAGAGGCCUUUACAAAAAAGCUCGUCGAGGCGAGAUCAAAAAUUUCACCGGAAUCGAUUCGCCCUACGAGCCUCCCCAGCGACCUGACAUGACGUUGCCCACCAACGAAAUGUCCGUCAGCGAAUGCACUCAACAGCUGGUGGAUAUGCUCGUCACUCGGAACAUUUUGCCGCAAACAGCACAGGCGUCCGUGCUGGAACUCUUCGCUGCCGACCCGAUCCGGGCCAGAGCCGAAACGGAAACUUUGCCUUCGCUAGAAAUCAGCCAAAUUGAUCUUCAAUGGGUUCAGGUUCUGUCCGAAGGUUGGGCAUCUCCCCUCAGGGGAUUUAUGAGAGAGCGGGAAUACUUACAGAUAAUGUACUUUAAAAGUAUCCACGAAGGCGUCGCCGUCUCCAAUCAGAGCAUGCCCAUCGUGCUGGCCGUCAGCGCGGAGAACAAGCUGAGACUCAGCGGACGUCCAGCCAUCGCCCUGCGCUAUUUGGGCAAACCGGUGGCCAUUCUGAGAGCGCCGGAAUUCUUCGAGCACCGCAAGGAGGAGCGAUGUGCCCGCCAAUUCGGGACGACGCAUCCGGAUCAUCCGUACAUUCGAGUCAUCAACGCCAGCGGCAACUGGUUAGUCGGCGGAGAACUGGAAGUCGUCGAGAGGAUCAGAUGGAACGACGGACUGGACGAGUAUCGGUUGACGCCCACCGAACUCAAACGCAUUUUCCAGAAAAUGGGAGCCGACGCCGUUUUCGCCUUCCAGCUGAGGAAUCCCGUCCACAACGGCCACGCACUUCUCAUGCAGUUCACCCGCCAGACGCUGCUGGAACGCGGCUACAAGAAGCCCGUCCUUUUACUCCAUCCGUUGGGCGGCUGGACCAAAGACGACGACGUCCCAUUGCACGUCCGGAUGGAACAGCACCGGGCCAUUUUGGAGGAAAAAGUUCUCGAUCCGGAGAACACGGUUUUGGCCAUCUUCCCUUCGCCGAUGAUCUACGCCGGCCCGACGGAAGUCCAGUGGCACGCCCGAGCUCGGCUGACGGCCGGCGUCAAGUUCUACAUUGUUGGUCGCGAUCCGGCCGGAGUCGAACACCCGGAUGUCUUCAUGAACAAGCAUCUUUACGAGCCGACUCACGGCGGCAAAGUCCUUUCCAUGGCUCCCGGACUGGCCGGCAUGGAGAUCAUUCCGUUCCGGGUGGCCGCCUACGACAAAGUGGCCAACGCCAUGAAUUUUUUCGAGCCCGAACGCAGUCGCGAUUUCGAUUUCAUUUCGGGUACUCGCAUGCGAGCGCUCGCCAGAUCGGGUACGCAACCACCAGAUGGAUUCAUGUCACCCAAAUCCUGGGAUGUCCUCGCCCGCUAUUACAACUCGUUGCGAUGAACAAUUAAUUCGUACAAAAACAUUUCAUACGAAGAUUCUAAAUGAAUAAAGAUCACCGAACGUCAAUGUUUUAAAAACUAAUUCUGCGUGCUGUAUACGAUUGCGCUGUCUGCGCUAUAAAAUAAAAUGAAAUUUGAUUAACAA